AUGAAAUUAAAUUUACUUACGAUUUUAACUGCUUUGGCCUUUUUGGCUUUACAAGCUAAUGGUCAGGCUUCAGAUCCCAUUACUUCCAUUACUUCAGCCGAAGGAACAUCUUCCCCAGCUCCUAGCACUGAGGCACCAACCACUACUGAAGCACCAACUACUGAAACGCCUACUGAAACUACUGCAGCGCCAGAUACUACUGCUGCACCUGUUACCGAAACUCCUACUACAGCUGUACCAGCCACUGAAGCUCCAUCAGCAAGCACAAGGGCACCAUGCAAGCCGGAUCGUCCACAUAGACACCAUGGACACCAUGGAGGACAUAGACAUGGUGGUAGAGGAGGACGUGGAGGUAGAGGAGGACGUGGUGGUAGAGGAGGAGAAGGUGGUAGAGGAGGAGAAGGUGGUAGAGGAGGUCGUGGUGGUAGAGGAGGAAAAGGGGGCCGUGGUGGUAGAGGAGGCGGUGGUGGCAGAGGCGGAAAACGUGGAGGCAAAAGCCGCGGACGUUAA